AUGCUGCGGCUCUUCGGCCGCUCAGCCCGGGCUGCGCGGCUCAACCGCUUUGGCCGCAUCGCGCGCAUUGCAGUGAAGCUGAACCACCGCCCCUUCGUUGAUCCGAGGUUGUCCCAGUUGCCGCAGUUGACCCUGCCUGCUUUGUUCAUGCAUCCACGUGUUGGAUAUCGUGCACGCUCCGGCAAGUGCAAUCGAGUCGAGUGGUACUUGUAUCCGUUAAUGGGCACCAUUUGUGGUCCAUUUACCUUUGACUUUGACAUUCUGUGGGUCCUUAGGAAGAAGACUGAAUGGACCUCCAAGCUUCGUAUGCUAGCUGAUGCUGCAGCCUCUGCACGGAUAAGCGUCCCACGGGUGCAGCUGGGGGGGGUGAGUGUGGGUGGGCAUGACACCACCCAUCUGGCCUUGGCGAUCCCCAAUGGCUUGAACAAGUCGACACGCCCGGACCUCAACGGCUUUGUCGGGCCUUGUGCCGAUUCCAAGCCUUUUCCAGACCAGGUUGAGUACAUUGAGUUUAGAGACUCCCUCAUGAACGAGCCUCCACUCUACGAGUGGCUCAAGAACUCUGUAGUGCGGCAGCUGAAGCGUGGACAAAAUGUGCAAGCAUUGCGCCAAAGAAAUGCGGAAUAUAUUGGCGUCAAGGUCGCCAUGGCCAUUCUGAUCAUCAUUCUGGUGCUUAGCUACGUGGAGCUUUUGACAGAAGACACGUCUCUCUCUUGGGGCUUUGAGAGGCUCAACGCAUAUGUGAAGCUGACCAUCGGCACCGAAGCGGCAAAUCAGGGGAGAAGUGCCCCGGAGUUCAACUCCACCAUCCCGAUGGCAAUUCGAAGGCAAGUGAUCACUUGGGGGAAGCAGAACGAGUGGGGACGACCUGAUCGACCGCUUCUAUACUUAGAUUUGCAGAGGCAAGUCUACUGCAACUCCCUGCGCCCCAAUGGGGUGAGCUGUUCAAGUCCGCUUUCAGAAACCACGUUGUGGCAACAGAGAAAGACCCUGAACGAAGUGGAUCAAGAUGUUUCUGCCUCACCGUACCGGACAAGCGACUUGCUGUUGCUACGAUACCCGGAGUUCUCACAGCAGGAGUCUGAUGUUGACAUCAGUGCAGAAGAGCUGGAAAACCAGACCGAAGCUGUUGAGAGUAUCACCCGCUUGCAGUUGGCAGCAACGACAAACGCCGAUGACGAGAAUCAGCCUGCAACCAGCGAGAUCAGGCUGCUGCGGCGUCGCUUCAAUGGCAUGAAAACUGCGAUACGCUCUUGGGGAAAAUACGUGCCCUGGCCAGUCGUGCAGCUGAUGAUGCGAAAGGAUGCUGAAGCAAACAUUGAAGUGUCUGAACGACAGGUGACAAUGUUCUUCUCAGACAUCGCCAGCUUUACAACUAUCGUGGAGAGCAUCCCUCCGGAGAAAUCCUUGCUGAUGUUGAGCCGCUACUUUCAGGAGAUGUCCAAAAUCGUGGAUCAACACGGUGGCAUUGUGGUUGAAUUCAUUGGCGAUGCCAUUCUUUGCAUCUACGGGGCACCUGUGGUGAAUGACAAGCAUGCCACGGUGGCGGUGAUGGCGGCGGCAGAGAUGCUGGCUGCUAUGACUGGGAUCAAUCAAUGGCUGACUCGGAGGGACCUUCCAAAGAUCGCGAUCCGUUGUGGAAUUCACACUGGCGAAGUCUUGGUGGGCAACAUGGGCAUGCAGUACAGGAUAAAGUACGGCAUUGUGGGUGACGAGUGCAGCAUGCCUGGACGAUUGGAAGAGCUGAACAAGACCUACGGCACGCAGCUAUUGGUGUCAGAAUCAACCCACAGCGACAUGGAGAUUGACGGUUUUGUUUCUCGCCCGAUCGACUUCAUCCGUGGGAGCGAAGAAACUCACGACAAAGAGAGUCAACAGAUUUUUGAAGUCUGGAAGAGCAACAAGAAGCAAUCAAAGGCUGCUUUGGAAGAAAAGGCUGCUGACCUGUACACAGAAGCCGUGCAGCACUACCGGCACAAACGAUUUUCAGAAGAGCCUUGGCUGCCUCAGGGCCUCUAA